UCCGCCUACCGACGUGCCUACUAACUUCCCUUAUGCUAAAGCGAUGAUCAUAUCGAAAUUAUUAAACAAAAAAAAGACUUUUGACAUUUUUAAUGAAUUGAUUAUCUAGAUCUGUAGAAGAAAGCGUUUUAGGCCUACCUACCAAUAUCCUAAUGUGAUGCCAAACUCAGGAUUCUCCGGAUAUGCUACAUUUUCGGACUUCAUUGCCACGGAUCCUGAGCUGUCAAUAUACAGGACGUUCAUAGCGCUCAACUCACGCAACUUGCUAUAUCAGCAAUCAGAGCUCAUAGCUUUAGAGCGAAAGUUCGAAGAAUUUGAUGAGUGCGAUAACAAGGAAUCCAAUCUUGACAUUCUUUUGUCAGCAAAAUGCUGGGAGACAUUCGCGGCGAGGACGGCAGCGAAUAAACCCCACGAGGCAGAACGAAUGGAGGCCAUUAAGGACAUGCAGACUAAGCUGAAAGUAUAUCACGAGGCGCUUCUAUUGCACAGUCAAAUAUUAAAACUGUCUACCCCAGGUCAUCGAGCGUUUGGAGCUUUCCGUGGCUGGUUCGAUAACGAGCGGCCAUUUGUCGGGUACGGGAGCGACUUAUUAACAAAUCAAAACGACUUCGCAGCUCUUCAAGUGUCCACGGAUCAGGAUUUCCUAUCAAGCACACUGCAAGACCUUGGCGGAAGAAUAUUCCCCGGCACUCGACACGAGACAGCACCUGAAAUCAAAUAUUACUCCGCGAAGAAUGUCUCGCGUCUGGUUACGACUAGCACGGUAUUCCUAGCUUCUCUAGUCAUCAACGGUGCCAUCGUUGCCCUUUAUGUUGUCAAAGAUGAGCAUGUUAGGCUGGGCAUGAUUACCCUCUUUACAAGUCUUUUCGCAACUAGUUUAGCGGUGUUAACAGAUGGGCGGAGGACAGAUAUUGUCCUGGCUACGGCAGCUUGCGCGGCGGUAUUGGUGGUAUUUGUUUCUACGAGCGAGAGUGGUUGAGGGGUUGUUCAGACUUUAGAUCAGACAUCCGGGGCAAAGGAUACUUCCUAUAGUCGAG